CUCAAUACUUGAUCUGCUGGCUAAGCAUCUAGGGCAUUAGAGAGGAGGGGCUGGGAACCAGGACUCCUGGGUUCUAUGCCAGGCUCUGGGGGGGAGGGGGGCUAGUUUCAAAGCAAUAGUUGUUGUUUAGGUGGUUUUUUUGCUAAGACAGUGUCCAAUGAUCAUUUCCGUUCAUGGUUUGCAGCUUGUGGAUCUCAGAGAGCAGGUGGGGGUGGAGCAUGUAGAAGACACAGACUUAAGGAGAGUGAACUCAACAUGCAGGGGAGGGCUCUGGGGUGCAGGGCACAGACACACGGAUGCUUUGCUGGCCAUACACACGCCAUCUGAGGCUCUCUCUGCUCUGGGAGACUCCCUGCCACUGGAACAAGAUAUCAUGGCACUCCCACCAACCCCAGUGGCAAAUUUCAGCAAGACCACAGAGGUCAUGAAGAUCUCUCACCUGGCCUCUGCUCUGUUGCUCUUCAUCACCUUCCUGGUGGGUGUGGCGGGGAAUGGGCUGUACCUGUGGGUGCUGGGGAUGAAGAUGAGGAGGACGGUGACCACACUCUGGUUCCUUCACCUGGUGUCCUUCUACCUGCUCUUCACCCUUCUGAUCCCCUUCUUUGCCAUCUAUGUCCUCCUGGAUUUCCACUGGGUCUUUGGCACGGCCUUGUGCAAGCUUCUCAAUACCUUCAUUUCUAUGGGCAUGUUCACCUCUGUCUUUCUUCUCACACUCAUCAGUCUGGACCGCUACACCCUCACUCACCAUCCCAUUUGGUCCCGGAAUCACCGCACCAUGCCACAGGCUUGGAAGCUGAUUGUGGGUGUGUGGCUGGCCUCCUUCGGUCUCAGCGCUCCCUACCUGGCUUUCCGGGAGACCCAUGUGGUUGACGGGGACAGAAUCAUCUGCAUCAACAAUUAUGCCCUCUCCACAGACUGGAUUGGAGCCGAGCCGCAAGACCUGGGCAGACAGGUCCACCUGGCUGUCUUCAUUGUCCGGUUCCUGCUGGGCUUCCUGCUGCCUUUCUGCACCAUCGUGGGAUGCUAUAUCCGCGUAGGCCUGAAGAUGAAGGAUAAGAAGCUGGCAUGGGCUGGGAAGCCCUUCAAGGUCAUGGUAGCCGCGGUGGUUUCCUUCUUCCUCGGCUGGCUGCCCUACCACCUCUACCAUGGCUUGAAGCUCUACAAGAAGGAGGUGCCAGAGUCAGUGACAGGUGUCCUCUUGGUCAUUCACACCUUCACAUCCUGCUUCAAUGCCUCCUUCUCCCCCAUCCUCUACCUCUUCGUAGGGGAGAAGUUCUGGCAGGUCUUCAGGACAUCUCUUCUCACUCUGGUCAAAGCAGCUUUUGUCGAUGAUCUUGGCAACAGUGGCUCCGAGUCUAGUGGAAGACACGGGUCAGAAGUUGAGAACACAAGGGAAGAGAUGGUCUGAAGGUGCCCAGACUUGGGGACAGUUGAAAACUUGGCAUCCCCAUUAUUCAGGAUUUCUGCUGUUUCUUAAACCUGAUGGGUUCCAGGUGUCUCAAUGUUUAUAAACCCCUCAGUAUACCUGGAUUCUAGAUUCCUUGCUGUCUCUCUCUCAAUUUUUUCAAACUCAGUGGGUCAUCAGUGGCACCAGAUUGCUAGCCAGCUCCAGAACCCUGUUUGUUUUAGGUCUCUCAAUGUGUUUUAACCUAACUGACUCUUGGAUUGUGCAUCUCUAGCUAGCUCCGGAAUCUCAUUUAUUGUCAGCUGUUCAAUAGGUUCAAACUCAAAGUCUGUUUAGGUCCCUGACUGGAUCUAGGAUAUCACUGGAUUCUAGAGUGUUUUCAGACCACACAGAAUCCAGCAGGUUCCAGAUUGUCUGCUAAAACAUUCAUCUUGGCUCUAGAUUUCCAAAUGAUUUUUAAUCCAUUAGGUGUGAUAUAUUACAGGAGAGUCUGUGUAUUACUAUAGCACUAUCUAGCUCUUCUCCAGUGCUUGUCAUCAGAAGAUCUCAAAGAACUUUACCAAGGAGGUCAGUAGCA